UUACGGGAUCGCGCCCUCGAAAAAUACUUUUUCGAUGAGGUUUUCCUGUGAUUUUCCAUAAAAAUGUGUUGAUAUUGUGACUUUUUCAGUGUUUUCUUUGGCUAGUUAAGUGUUACUGCAAAAAUGGAUGAAAAAGAAGAGUUGCAUUUAACCUCACAAGAGUUACAAGUUUUGUCGGAACUUGACAGUCGUCAGUUUGGUUUCCUGAAACUUCGAGGCACCGAACAUGGUCGGACGCGGGCGCUGGUCCUCAAAGCUGUUAAGUACCUCGAAGGCAUGUUGGUGCAAGUCAAGGAAGAAGAAAGGGCCUGUUCUCCGGGGGAAAGAAGGGACAUUAGUAUUGACCCCAAGACAUAUUGUAAACUGGGACACUUCCACCUGCUUCUCGAGGAUUAUGCUAAAGCAAUGUCAGCAUAUCAGAAGUUCUAUGCCCUGGAGCAGGACAACUGGAAAGAUCCGCUUUUCCUCUAUGGACUCGGCCUGUGCUACUACCAUUAUAACGCUUUUGAGUGGGCGACGAAGGCGCUGCAGAUGGCUCUGUACGUGUCGCCGGGGUUUACGCGGGCCGCGGACGCGCACCUGCGGCUGGCGCUCAUGUUCAAGGCGCGGAGACACUGGGCCGCGGCCGCCGCGCACUUCCGCCGCGCGCGCCUCGCGCCGCACCAGGACGCCACCUUCACGCGCCUCGAGCUCAGCUUCCACGCCGCACAUCUGCUCGAGGCAAGAGGACUCCGCAAGGCCGCAAGAGACGCGUACGAGAGGCUGCUGAAGGAGCCCCAACUGUCCUCUUCUCUGAAGGCUGAUGUGUGCAGGCAAUUGGGCUGGCUGUACCACCGCUGCGUGUCCCUGGGCGAGUCGGGCGCGCGGGGCCGCGCGGCCGUGUGGUGCCUGCAGCGCGCCGUGGCCGCCGAGCCGGACUCCGGCGCCGGCCUCUACCUCCUCGGACGCUGCUUCGCCGCACAGGGCAAGGUUCACGACGCCUUCAUCGCCUACCGCAACUCCGUCGAAAAAUCUGAAGGCAACGCCGAUACCUGGUGCUCGAUAGGGGUGUUGUACCAACAGCAGAAUCAGCCGAUGGAUGCCCUUCAGGCGUAUAUUUGUGCAGUGCAGUUGGAUAAGGGUCAUUCUGCGGCGUGGACGAAUUUGGGUAGUUUGUAUGAGAGCUGUCAGAUGCCUCGCGACGCCUUCGCCUGUUACAACAACGGCGGCGCGGCGGCGACGGCGUCUCAUGCCGCCCUCAGGCAAAGGCUCGCUUUCCUCAAAGCUAACCUCGCGCACGCACCGAUGCCAUCCGUCACUGGCAAACGUCGUCAACUGCCAUCGAUAGAAGAGGCGUGGAACCUGCCUAUAUCAGCGGAGAUGUCCUCCCGAGCGCCCAAAUCCGCUCCACCGCCGUACCCCGGCAAGCGCCCGGAAGACCCGCCCCCCCUCACGCCGCACCAGCUGCAAACUCUACAGUAUCUACAAAGGAACUCACAUAAUCUCUCGCCGCAACAACAAACGCUGAUGCAACAGUUACUAUCGCAGUACCGACUAGCCCAAGCGGCGAGGGCGCGAGCGGUAACUAAGAGUGAAGGAGGCACCGGCGACAACGCCGAGUCGCUGGCAGAAGAUCUACUGAAGAGGUUCUCCGAUUCGCAACCGGACAUCAAGAAGGAACCUGUCACCACAGAGAGCGCGAGCAGCAGCGGCGGCAAUGAGGCGGUGCUGGGAGGCCGGCAGCCGGUGGUGAAGCUGGAGCCGCUCAAGACGGACCCGCUCAAGCCCGUCACCUUCCACGUCGGCAUGACGGCCAAGCAGAUCUUGGAUACCUGCAAAGACAACGCGGGUCCGCCGACGUCGUGGUCGGUGCUGGGCGACGGGCUGGGCCCCCCCUCGCCUCCCCCUGUGCCGCCGCCGCGCCUCUCGCCCGAGCAGCUGGCGCCGCCCGCGCCCUUCGUGUACGUGGAGUCCAAGCGCGACGCCUUCUCGCCGCAGCUGCAGGACUUCUGUCUCAAACACCCGAUCGCGGUCGUGCGCGGCCUCACCGCCGCCCUCAAGCUCGACCUGGGCCUGUUCUCGACCAAGACGCUGGUGGAGGCGUGGCCCGACCACGCGGUGGAGGUGCGCACGCAGCUGAUGCAGUCUGCCGACGAGAACUGGGACCCCACGGGCCGACGCCGCGUGUGGGCGUGCGCGUCGCACCGCUCGCACACCACGGUGCGCAAGUACGCGCAGUACCAGGCCGGCUCGUUCCAGGAGUCGCUGCGCGAGGAGCGCGAGCGCGGCGCGGCGCCGGCGCACUCGGGCGGCGGGCUGUCGGACUCGGACGGCCGCGAGUCGGGCUCCGGGCCCGUCAAGCGGCGCCGCGGGGCGCGCAUGCUGCGCUUCGGCACCAACGUCGACCUCUCCGACGAGCGCAAGUGGCGGCCGCAGCUCACCGAGCUGCAGAAGCUGCCGGCCUUCGCGCGGGUCGCCUCCGCCGCCAACAUGCUGUCGCACGUGGGCCACGUGAUCCUCGGCAUGAACACGGUGCAGCUGUACAUGAAGGUGCCCGGCAGCCGCACGCCCGGCCACCAGGAGAACAACAACUUCUGCUCGAUCAACAUCAACAUCGGCCCCGGCGACUGCGAGUGGUUCGGCGUCCCGGACGCGUACUGGGGCGGCGUGAACGAGCUGUGCGAGCGGCACGGGCUGUCGUACCUGCACGGCUCGUGGUGGCCCGACCCGGACGAACUGCGCGCGCACGGCGUGCCCGUGUACCGCUUCACGCAGCGGCCCGGGGACCUCGUGUGGGUCAACGCCGGCUGCGUGCACUGGGUGCAGGCCACGGGCUGGUGCAACAACAUCGCCUGGAACGUGGGCCCGCUCACCGCGCGCCAGUACACGCUCGCGUUGGAGCGCUACGAGUGGAACAAGGUGCAGAACUUCAAGUCGAUCGUGCCGAUGGUGCACCUGACGUGGAACCUGGCGCGCAACAUCCGCGUGUCGGACCCGCGGCUACAGCGCGCCAUGCGCACGUGCCUGCUGCAGACGCUGCGCGCGGCGGCCGGCACGCUGGGCGCCGUGCGCGCGCGCGGCGUGGCCAUCCGCUUCCACGGGCGCGCGCGCGGCGAGGCCUCGCACUACUGCGGCGCGUGCGAGCGCGAGGUGUGGCACGCGCUGCUGGUGCGCGAGCACGAGCGCCGCCACGUGGUGCACUGCCUGGCCUGCGCGCGCCGCGCCUCGCCCACGCUGCAGGGCUUCCUGUGCCUGGAGGAGCACCACAUGGACGAGCUGGCGCAGGUGUACGACGCCUUCACGCUGCACCGGCCGGCGCCGCCGCUGGCCGCCGCCGCGCUGCCGGCGCCGCCGCCGCCCUCGCUGGCGCCCACGCCCGACUGAGCGCCGGCCCCGCCCGCGCGGCUGCGCUAGACUCCUGUGUUCGCGGGUCCGGGCGGCCUCGGCGCCGGCGCCCGGUCCUUGUGCCGUCGACGUACCUGUAUUUAUUUAGUGUGAGAGUGGAUGAUACUUUUGUUUGAGGGCGUAUAGCUUAUCGAUUAGUUGUCCCGGUAUCGUCGAUCGCUGUUGUCGUUUGUGAGCAUAGAAUUAGAUUCCGCAAUUUAAUUGGCAUUUCACGGUUUUUGAUACAGUAUUAGAAGCUAGUUACUACCUAUCUGUAAUUAUAGUUAAACGUCAUUUUUGACCAAAUGCGAAGAAAGAUAUCUCGAUCUAUUUUUACUACACCGCGUGAGUAUAAGAUGUGUGAAGCGAAUAUUUUGGGUGAUAAAUGUAAUUUUUUAAUAAGAAACGUUUACAAUGUACACACUCCUCGAUCACUAUUGUAAUUGUGAGAGAUAACGAUAUAAAGUCAAUUCGGCGACAAACGGCUGAUAAUUUUAGGCGAAUGUAUAUAUUCGGCGGCCGCCUCGCGAGCGGCGCGCAUGGUCUCAAGUGCUCAGGUGUUCACCACGAUAUGAAUGUGUUAUUUUUGUAUAGAGGCAUAUUUAUUUAUUUUUUUCAUACUGUGACUUCAUACUUAGUUCGAUUCUCUAGUAGUUUCUUAGUGAAUAGUAGGUGUAAGUAUAUCGCACGGAUGGAGGCCCUGCGUUUUAGCAGGGUCUGAUGAAUAGUGCUGCAAUGUCCCAAAGAAUGUUAUACUCGUGUAGGCAAGCCAGAUAUUAAUGGAAAUGUAUGGAAUGAUGUAUCCCACUAAUCUGUGCCUGUAGUUCGUUUCGGGUCGGAUGUAUUAAAUUGUGAAACCUGACAUGUGUUCUUUCUUACGAAUUGGACUGUAAUUGAUUAGUCGUAAUAAAUUGUUCUCGAAUGGAUAAGUUAGCUGGGGUAGGCGGGGUAAGCUCAGGUGAGGCAGUAGUGGGCGCUCGGCCUCGGCGCUGCCGUUUGUUGUUUCUCUUGAAGUUUUAUUGCCGCGUUAGUGAGAUUUCAAUGUUGACUGUAUUUCUUUCUAGUGCCGAGAGCCGAGCCCCACGGUUGGAAUAUGGAAGUGUUGGUCGGACUAUGUAUAGCGAAUGCCGAUAUAUUUAUAAGUAAUAAUAACAUCACUGCCAUGUAUGACCUUACUGUUUAUACUGUAAUAAUAAAUUUUUAAUAAACAAAUUAAGUACGGAAUGAAA